GCAUGGCAGACCCAGAUAGUCCGCUGGGUAACUUCAGAGGUCCUGACAUGCCCAGUUUGCCUGGUGGUGUUGACAUCAACACAGCACAAGCCAUCCUGACUGCAUUAGGAGCAAACACAACUAACCAGUUGUUAGGCACUGACUCAGCUGAUGGCAUCAACAACAAUGAAGAUUCACCCAUGCUUGGCAGUGUCAGGAGGGAGCUGAGGUUGCAAGAAGAGGUCAGGCUGAGAAGUCAAGGGGCCCCAUGGGGCCAGGGUUCAAGUUCAGAGGCAGAGGGUGAUGCAGAAAGGGAGAGAAGAAUGCAGACUGAGUGGGAAAGAGAGGAAGCAGAAGAAGACAUGAUACUUUCACAGGCCCUGUCUCAACAGCGCCCCCAAGUGGCCAACACUGGCUCUGCAACUGGAAGACUUGAAAUGCCAAACAACACUGAUGGUGGACUAGAAGACAAUAUGAUAGUUCAAGAAGCCACAGCAUCAAGUAGUGUAGAUCAGCUUGUUCCAAACAGACGAAGGUCUGUCGAAAUAGAGGAUGACAUAGCAGACGAGUUGAAAAUGGAUGGAGCACAGGGAAGCUCAACUGCUUCAACUAGUGGGAGUCAACGGAGGAGGUCAGUAGACAUGGAAGAGGAUGUUGCAGAAGAAGUCAGAAUUGCUAUGGGAGCAGCUUCUAAUAACAGUACAAAUGUGUCUUCAUCCCAGCCACAGUUUGGAGCAACAGCAAGUUGUAGUACAGGAGUGACAAGGGGCUUCCCUUCUGCAGGUGCCAUGAUGCCUUACCCUGUGGAUCCAAACUAUGAUGAAAAGCUCCCCUGUAACUGGACCUUGGGACUUGACAGGGACCAACCUUAUCACCAUAUCAGACUACUGACCACCUCCGAGGAGUACCGCCUAAUUGCAGAGGAGUUCAGCAGAGUCAACAUCACAGUGGAGAGCAUUGACCGUGUGCAGAACCGCCAUCUCUGGGAUAGAUUCCAGGAUGAGAAUCGUCGUCUGAAGGACAUACACAGCAGGUCCAACAGCUUUAAUGUGAAUGAACAGUACCUUUUCCAUGGCACCCAGUCAUCAGCUAUCAAUGAAAUCUGUGAGGAUGGACUGGACCAACGGCUGUCAAGAAUUGGCAACUUUGGGAGGGGCAUCUAUUUCAGUGAUGACCCCCGCAAGUGUGCUAACUACAGUGACCAGGAUUCCAACCCGUGCAUCCUGAAAUGUCGUGUUCUUCUCGGGGACGUGAAAGUGUAUCCCCAUGGACAAACUGAUAAAGACUUACGGAGAGAACCACUUAGGGAGAACAAAGAAGAAGGGAUGCCAAAAUCGUAUGAUUCUGUGCAGGGGUGUGUGAGGGAAUACAAUGAGUUUGUGAUCUACAGCAGCUAUAGAACAAUCCCUGAGUACAUCAUUUACUACAGAGUCCCAGGUACAGCAAGCAGAACAACUCAGGGAAAUGCUCAAGCCCAAACUGGCAUACCUUCAACUUCAGCUAGUGCUACUGUUUCAAGAUCUCAAUCUGUGAGCUCAGAGUCUCACCCAGAGAUGGAAGAUGACAGUGAAGAAAUGGGUGCAGCCCCCACAGCAGCAAGAACAGAAGAUGAGCAUCCUGAGGUAAGGCGGAGUUCCAACAGCAACGAUAAUCCUGUUGCCAUGGCCACGGGAUCUGGCGUACCACCAGCAGCUUCUGCUGGAACAGGGGAGGGGUUAGAUCCCCAUGAAGAAAGAAUCAGGCGGGUAAGGGCGAUCGUGCAAGCAGAGAGGAGGGCAGAAGCAGAAGCACGGCAACGCCGACUUGAAGCUUCAGCUCAAAGCAGAAGAGACAGGGCUGCCCAAGCUGAACAGCAGGGGCAGGGUGCUCAACCAAGUGACCUUGCUGUGUCCUCUGAGCCUCCCAAGGAAGUGGUAGACGAGCACGAAGCCAAGCUGCUGAGGGUGCGGAAGAUUGUCCAGGACCGAAGGAAGCUGGAGAAACUUAUGAAGAGUGCAGGGAAGGAGAGUGAUAUUGACGCCUUGAUGAAAGUCUAUGAUGAAACCUAUGGGCAAGCACCGCAGGGCACGACCAGUGAUUCUGAUGACCCAGUGACUAUAGUGAUGGCAUUCCUGAUCCCAGACUUUCUGGAAGUCACAGGCACAGACUUGGAUACAGCCAAGUCGUUUCUACGACAAGCCAACAUGGAUCUGCAGAAGGCAAUUGACUUGUACUUCAGGUGUCAGUGACUACCAAAUUCUGCUGAGUUAGUUCUCUUAAGAACAACAUUAAAAUUUUGUCAAUCUGCUAUUAAGUGUGAACAUCUGAGAAUCAUCUUCUGUAACCUAAAACUAGUAAAAGGGCAAAAAAAGAUAAACAUUCCAUUUGUUAACUUUGAAAACAUUUCUAUGGAAAAAUGUAUAAUUUAUCGAUUCAGAUUUAUUAGUUACAUUUUUAUUCUACUUCAAACAGUAGCUUCUUUAACGUUUAGUAACUUUUUUUUUUUUACAAGAAAAGCGGGUAAUUUUUGCUGUUGGUUGUGAUCUGAAUGCUGUAAUCUUCCUGUUUUUGUUACCCAGCCUACUUGCAGAUUGCAUUUGUUUUUGGUAGAUUACUAGCAUUACAUAUUCAUGUUGCAGCAGCCAGACCACUUAAGAAUAAAUUAUAUGAAGCCCUUUGAAAUAAAGAAAAGUAUCCUGUAUC